AUGACUACCCCAACUACCCCGCAAUGGCGCAUCGUCGUCGGCUGUGAUGAUGCUGGUCUCACAUACAAAGAUCUUCUGAAAGCUGACCUCAAACGCGAUCCACGCGUCGUCGAGGUCAUCGACGUAGGCGUCAACGGCGACGAGACGACACACUACCCACACGUCGCCGUAGCCGCUGCACGAAAAGUGGCAGCUGGCGAAGCCGACAGAGCGCUGCUCAUUUGCGGGACUGGUCUUGGCGUGGCCAUCUCCGCCAACAAAGUCCCCUCCAUCCGCGCCGUAACAGCACACGACUCCUUCUCUGUGGAACGUGCCGUUCUCUCCAAUGACGCCCAAGUCCUCUGCAUGGGCCAGCGUGUCAUCGGUAUCGAGCUUGCGAGGAGACUAGCCAAAGAAUGGCUGGGAUAUGUGUUUGAUCCAAGUUCGAAGAGCGCGGAGAAAGUUGAUGCGAUUUCUAAAUACGAGGAGAAGGGAGCUAGUCUUGUAGAUGGGACUGCGGUGGCGGCGUGCUGAUCAGAUUGCUACGUUGUUGACACUCCUGUUAUACUAUUGAGAUGCUUCAUUCCUUGUGAC